AAAAAGCAAGAGGGAUGAAGAGGAAUCGGAGAUGUUGUCAGGAGGAGAAGUGAAAAUGUUUUCAGUUACACUUUCAGAGCAGCAGCAGAAGGACUUGGCGAAGUGCCUUGUAUCGUUCCUGUCGAGAUAUAAACACAUAUCCGACUCUUAUAUCAUUGAGUUUUUCAGUGAGAACCUGUGGGAAACACUACCUGAAGGAUGGCAGAAAGCCUUGCGAGAUUUAUCACCACCACAGGUAGCAGACCUGCUGCUGGAAAGAGAGAUCAAGAACAGAGUAUUGCUGAAAUUAGCACUCAGUAUCACAUUAUCACUCCUCCUGAGUGUGCAAUAGCCUCAGCGGCAGGCCAGGCUGCAGCUUUACCUGGUGGGCCUGAUUUCUUUCUAGCCCAGAUUGUAGAUGACAGCUGUGUCAGCUACCCUUCUGUAUGGCCUUUAUCUUUACUGGCACUGCGGGCCACUGCUCACACACUGGCAUUUCCUCGGAUGCCUCCAGCCCACCGGUCCAAGGACACAGGAAAGCUGGAUGAAUUUAACUCGAACAGCAGUCAAAGCUCUCUGCUUGGCCAUAUCUUCCGCAAACAUGUGAAACCCAAGAAACAACAUGAGAUUCGUAAACUUGGCAUAUUGGUUAAACGGCUGUGUGACCAGACUCAGUGUAGCAGCGUGGUUGAUGUUGGGUCUGGGCAGGGCCAUUUGACCCGUUUCCUGUCAUUUGGACUUGGUAUGGAUGUUACUGGUGUUGAGGCUGAUCCCAAUCUAGUUUCUAUGGCUUCUAAAUUUGAUGGACAGCUCCUGUCGACCCUGGCCAAAGAGAGUCGUAAGACAGGCAUCACUCACACAGUGCUUGAUCCUGUACUCCGGCAUGUUGUUGGCUGGGUUAACCCCAGAGACACCUGGGAGUCUUUCCUUCAGCAGCUGGGGAAGAGGGAGAAGAACAGUGAGAGUUACCCAGGCACGGCAGGACCAUGUAAAAAGAGACAGCGGGUAUCGAUGACAUCAGACAAGGAACGUGAGCUUGAAACGGAGCUUGUUUGUGGAAGCCAGCACUUGUGCACAGAGGAUUGCAGUUUGGUAGAUUAUGUUGAUGAGAAUCCUGCUACGUCUGUUCUUCAGCAGACUGAAAGGGAAAACGAUGACUGUGUAGCUCGGUCGGACACUGUGACUGCCGAAUUUCGCCUUCAAACUGAUUGUGAAUGGAUUUCAUCCAUGCAUCCUGAAGUCUGCUCUAGUGGUAAAGAAUCAGUGUGUUCAGAUUUCAUACUGACUGGACUUCAUGCUUGUGGUGACCUUAGUGCUACUCUCCUCCGCCAUUUUGCUAACUGUCCCCAUGUUCAAGGAAUCACCUCUGUAGCCUGUUGCUAUAUGAAAAUCACAACCAAGGAGAACCCUACACCACCUGGAGUCAACCUUCCCUGUUUGUCUGAUAACACAAAUGAAGUAUCACAAUCAGAAUAUGGCUACCCGAUGAGCGAGUGGGUGAGGCAGUUGCCCGGACAUGAGCUAUCCUAUAAGGCACGUGAGGGAGCAUGCCAUGCAAUCGAGGACUAUCUACAUAGGUUGAGAGAUGAGAGCUCGCUGCUGAAAACACACUGCUACCGAGCAGCCCUGGAGAGUAUAAUCAGAGCAGAGAAGCCUCAGCUACGCAGAGCAGGCAUCCAGACCAUUAAAAAGGCCCAUACGCUAACUUUCGCAGAGUAUGCCCGUCUGGGGCUCACCCGUGUUGGCUUGCCUGCUGACCUGACAUUUGACCCUGUCAGUGUGGAAGGCCUGCUGGAGCAACAGGGCAGAGUGGUGGUAUAUUUCAGCCUGGCUUUGCUGCUGGCUCCAGUUGUGGAGACUCUGGUUCUUCUAGACAGAAUGCUCUUUCUACAGGAGAGAGGUUUUCAAAGCCAGCUGAUUCCACUGUUUGAUCCAGCACUUUCGCCCCGAAAUCUUGUGCUGGUGGCAGUGAAACCAAAAAAAGAUGGAGAAGAGGUCAUUCAGUAGAACAGUUCACAACAGUCUUCUUCAAUUACUGCCCAGAAUGCCCAAAAUAUCCAAGGCUGGAUUUGCUUAAAAGGGAAAUUGCACUGAUGGGACUCUUUUUUUUUUUUUUCUUUUUUUUCUUGACAUUGUUUUGCUGAAAUUCAGCAUUCUGAAUUUUAAAUAACUUUUUAAACCUGCUGACAAGUCUUUUCCACUAAGUUGUACUGACAUUUUAUGUUUUUAUUAGCCUCAUUCAACAAAACUUUGUCUGGAACUCAAUAUAACUGGCAAAAACCCUUAAUAACAGGAAAGAUAUUUAUUUUAAAUCUCCCUGUAAAUUUAUGCCUGUUGUCAAUUAUGUCUAAAUUGCAUCUGACUGUGAUCUUAUUGAUUUUAUUUUGAUAUAGCUUUUUAAAACA